AUAAAUGAGUUCGUAAUGGCAACGACGGGUUUCUAUUAUGCAAUCGUUCAAUACACAUUUGAGGAUCCGCUUCCAUCUUGUGAUGCUCCACGAUUAGAACUUUUUAUUGGCGAUCGAAUAUGUGUUUACGGGCAGCACGGAGAGUGGGGAUAUGGUCGAAAAUUUGACGAGAAAAAUGGAAAAUGUGGGAUUUUUCCACUUGCCUAUGUACAAAUCGUUCAAAAGUCCAUGUUCGUAUCGACAAGUGACGGAUAUCUCGUUGUGGAUGAAAUUUCCAGAGUUAUUAAUGAAUGGUGGACCAAAAUUAAAGAAUUGAUGGUGGAAACGACAAGGAUUGGAUCAUUCGAAGACUUGAUGGAUAGUUUUAAUGAACUACUAAUAAUAAAAACUAAAAUCGAAAGUGGUGGGAUUCCAAUUGAAGAGUUGAGCAAACUCCGAUUGCGCGUUUCAAAACUGGUAGACCGUGGAAAUACAAUUCUUGGCCAAGAUGUAGUGAUUCGCAAUGAAGAGGGUGUUCCGCUUGACGUUGAAUCACUUUCACUUCUUAGAACAUAUGAAGCACACAUUUCUUCGAAAGGAAGGGUCGGAUCAUUGAUGCGGGAGAAACCUGAAAAUGUUACAAUCAACGAUAGUUUCUCAUUGCUGCUCUCCAUUAAAUCUGUCGAACUCCAUUGUAAAUAUUCCUGUGAAAUAAGCAUAUCACUAUAUGAUCUGGACAAGAAAAUGUUCACCACAGAUAGUUAUACAUUUCUCUGGAACAGCGGUAGUGGAAAACACACGGAUUUAAAUUUGAAAGCACUGUUCACUGAUUUUGCAAAAGAAGAUAUUCAGAAAAAGUAUUUGAUGGUAACUCGAGUUGUUCAUGUAUCACCGAUUGAAUCUUCUAAUGCUACGAUGAGAAAGCAUGGACAUCACGAAGCAACUAUACCAAAGACAUUUUAUUGUAGGCAAUCGUACGCCUCGGACAUCAUGGAAAUGUCAAGCAUCUUUCUUGCUGGUGUUGGCCACGAAGCAAAAGAACGUGUAAUUUUCCUGAAUCGAGAACCAGAACUUCCAUUAUCUCUAAAAGCAUAUCACGCUACAAAUCGUAUACCGAAGAAUUUAAGCAACGAUAUGGAAACAAAACUAUUGAUAAGUACCCAAUUAGUUCCUGGAAAUGUUUCUCAAAUCAAGGCAAGACACCCACAUUUGUUCAGUAGAUGUCCAGCGGCGAUUCUACGAAGAGCUGAUAGAACAGCAGUUUCAAUUGAAGAUAGUCGAAAUGAGAUGUAUAUUACUUUAAUGCAGGCUGAAUUAUCUGGAAAAUCAUCUGAUCGUAACAUUGAGGCACGUCUUCAUGUCGUGGAAUCAAAUGGACAUGUUAUGGAAAAUGUUUUUGAGACUAUUUCGGUUACUGGUUCGCAACUUAGCACUGUCUACAAGAGUAUUGUAGUUUAUCAUACUGACAAACCAAUGUGGACGGAACCAAUAAAAAUUGCUCUUCCCUCAUGUGCUUCUCAUGAUGUAUACCUUCGGAUCUUAUUUUAUUCGAAGAAAGCAUAUGACAAACCAAAACCAGAAAAAGGACCAUUUGCAAUUGCACAUGUUCAACUCAUUCGAAGUAGUGCUCUACUCUGUGAUGGUGAACAUGACUUGGCUGUCUACAAAAUUGAUAAUCCAGGAUCUCACUUUGAUGAAUCAAAUGUACAUUAUAUGAACUUACCUGAUACCAGAAGAACACUCAAAGAAUCAAUUGGAAGCGCGAAACCUCAUUCACAGGGUUUUAGUUUGAGUGAUAAAAGUUUUGUGAUGAUAUCCACUCAUUCAUGUUCUUCAAUGUUAACUCAAAAUGAGCAUUUGUUGAAUGUGUUGAGAUGGCGUGUAAAUUGUGUCAACCUUACAUCUUCAUUGGUGGCUCUUGCUCAACCAAUUGGAGAUACGGAACACGAAAUGAUUCGAUUCUUCUCACAUUUAUUGGAUGCACUCUUUGAAAUUUGGCAUGAUCGUGAGACUUCGGAGAAAGUCGUUUUUGAUGUUAUCGUGGCGGUUUUAAGAAUUUGUGAGGAGCCACGACACUACCCACAGGCUGCAAAAAUAUUCGAAGUGUAUCUGAAACGAUUUUCAUUUACUUCAGCGGCACUAAAAAUUCUAAAGUGUCUCAAUCACUAUGUCAUCUCGGAUUCAGAAGAUUCAAAUGAGAAAGCGAGAAAUGCAUUCAAAGUUAUGGGUCCUCUCUUCAAAUUAGUUGUCGUGUCGAAGAAAUGUGGAAUAAAAUUCGAAGAGUUCGACGAUUUCGAAAAGACUUAUAAGCAAUAUCUUCGAGAAUUUAUGAAAUCACUCGUAGCUCUCAUGUCAGAAAAGAAAGCAAAAAUGACUGUUCAGAAUACAGCUCUUAAAAGUAUUCCGACGAUAAUUGAUUUGCUCAAUGAAAGCGAUUCGGUAUCUCCAGAGAAUCUUUGUGGAUUUAUUGUUGAUUUGAUGAAUAAUUUUGGAUCAAAUAUUGUUACUCGUGAGCGGCUCAAUUUUAUUGCACAGAUUGUGGAAACUCGGUUCUUUUCGCUUUCAAUCUGCCGAGAACAACUUCUGAUUCCAUGUCUUCAAAUCGCUCUUGACAUAAUACAAAUCGACAAUAUGGCAACCGAAAAAGGAGAAUUUGCAGAUCGUGCCGCUGAGUGUGCCAGUAUUAUUGCUGCUAUUCUGGAGAGACUAUUCGCUGACGCGAAAAGUGGUGAAGGUAACGCUGAGAGAGAAUUGACAUCAUUCAUUUUAAUGGUUUAUCGUCCACUUGUUCAAGCAAUGAUUCGAGUAAUCCACGACGACAAGCACACUGAUGAUGAUGCUCGUGGUCACUUUUUCUCUGUAAUAUUGGCAUUAUUAGACAAAAUGUCCGCCCAAAUGUUUAGUGAAUAUGUGGAAGAGCGAUCAUCGGAUAUUGAUAAACGUGAUUUUCUCAUGGAAAUGGUUCAAAUGAUUCGAGAUUUACUCAAUCGAAAUGCCUUCCCAUCUACUUGGAAAGAUAUGAUAAUGUUGCAGAAUAAAGUGAUCCACAAAUCAUUACGAUUCGUCAUGUCGGCAGUUCAAACAUUCUUCUCCAAUGACAAAUUCUGCGUUGAGAUGUGGAGAGAAUAUAUGGUAACAGUAGUUUCAUUUGUAACACAAGAAGGACUCAAUUCUAAACAUGAAUGGAUGAAAAAUGAAGAUGAAGACAUGAGGAUUCAAUUAAGAAAAGCUGCAGCAAAAGAUCUUCGGAGCAUGUGGUUCCGAUUGACACCCUCUCAGAAAUUGAACUACAUUCCGAGUAUGAUUGGAUCAUUCCUCAAAGUAUCACUAGUAGAUGAUGAUGAAACUCGUGAAGCCACUAUUCCAAUAUUUUUCGAUAUGAUGCAGACUGAAUACAACACGAGUGCCAGUAGAUCUUUCACGGAAUUCGCUUCUGAACUUGUAUCACAGCUUGAUACAAAUGUUGAUCAACAUAGUGCGACAAAAGGAUUCAAAGAGCAUUUUCGUCAAUUAUCAAUUACUCUGUGUCAAUCCGAUAAAGAAUUAAUGGCGAAUGGUGGAGAAGAAUUGAUUGAACGAAUUGAUCGUUUAUUAACUGCUCUCAUUGAAUAUCAUGAAGUCGCAUCGAAAAGUCUCGUGGAAUGUGUGGAUAGUCUUAUGAGUAGAACUGUUCAGUUGAUGAGAUACUAUAAUCAAUAUUCUCAUAAGGAAUUGUAUGUCAAAUACAUCUACAAGCUAUAUGAUCUACACACAUCGUAUGGAAAUAAGAUUGAAGCUGCCAAAACUUUACUUCGACAUGCCACAAUGCUUACGUUUGACGAUGAUGCUCUUCCACAAUGGCUCAUUGCUCGAUCUCUUAACAGACAUCGUGAGCUGCAUCGUCAAUUAAAAGAAGAUUUAAUGGAAGAAGCUGGUAAUUUAUUUUCAAAAGGAGAAGAUUGGGAGGACGCACUGAUUGUUUACAAUCAACUUGUUCCAGUAUAUCAGAAUAUCAUUAUGGACUACGAUAAAUUGGCAGGAUUAUUGCAAAAAAUUGCCCAGUUGUAUACAAGCAUCAGUCGGACGGAACGUGCAUAUUUCUAUUACUACCUGGUGGCCUUCUACGGACAAGGAUUCCCUGCUUAUUUGAACGGGCACAAGUUUGUGUUCCGAAGUGAAAAACUCGAAAUGCACGGAGAAUUCAUGCAGCGAAUCAUGAAGAUGUACGAUAAUCCGGAAAAGAUCAUGAAAACAGAUCCUUGUCCUCACCUUGUCGACUCCCCCGGCCGUUACAUUCAAGUUUUCAAUAUUGAUCCAAUCGGUACCGGAUGCUCAUUUGAAAAUAAUCCUGAAGUGAAACCGGUUAUCAAAAAAUAUUUCAGAUAUUAUAAUAUUCAAACAUUUGAAUAUUCAAAAGUUGAAGAAAGAAAAGAUACAAAGUGGACAAGUAUAGAUCCUUCAUCUGAAUUCAUGAGGAAUUGGCUUGUUCGACGGAGAAUCAAGACUGCUGACAGUCUGCCAACUGAUUUACGAUUCACGGAAAUCGUCGAGCUAUCCGACCCAAUUUAUGUAACUCCAUUACAAAAUGCAGUUGAACAAAUGAGAAAAAAGAAUAAAGAACUCAAUGAAACGGCUGCCAGUGCUGAGAGCAAUCCUAAUUUCGAUUUGAAACUUCUGAGCAGAGAUAUUCUUGGAGUCGUCAGUGCAGCUGUGAUGGGUGGAGUCAAAAAUUACGAAGUAUUCUUCACGGAAGCGUGUAGAAAUAUAUGCGAGUGCGGUGAGCAGUCUGUGAUCAUGGAAUUGAGCUCGUUGAUAAUCGAACAAGUUGAAAUUUUGGAAUAUUGCUGUUAUGUUCAUGCUAGUCGUUGUCAAGGAGAAGCAAGAGCAAUUAAUACAAUGUUGGCAGAUUCAUUUGACAGUCAUCGUAGAUAUGUUGAGGAAAACUUUGGAAAAACAAGAUCCAGGUUGCCAACACAUGCUAAUAUUCGACUAUCAUCGUUUGAUUCGGAUUCGAUCAAUGAUGGAAUGAUGACAAUGAAGUCAGGAAAAGCUGCAGUACUUGGAAACGCUGUGGCUAACCUAAUUUAUUCGAACAAACGAUCUAGUGGACCUGGAACUCCUGUCAACUUGUCAAGUCGUUCAGCCCCUUCAUUCGAUAACAUUUCAUCUAAACUUCGGAGUUCUCUGGCAAUUUCCAAGCUUGCACCCCCACCGCGACCUCCAAAUCCCAUAUCUCCAAUUAACCGUGGACCAUCUUCAAAUUAUGAAGGAAUCCGUAUGAGAGCUCAUUCACAUCAGGCUUCAACAGUCUCUCUUAAUCAUAUGUCAGUUGCUCCACCACUUCCACCUCGUCCAGAUCGUCCUGAUAUGGAUCCAAAUCGAACAUUGAAGCGAAAAAAUUAAUUUUUGUUUUAAUUAAAUUUUGAAUAUCUUCACAAAUUUCCAGAGUCAUAAUCAAAAAACGCAUGAUAAUCUAAUUCUAAUUCAUUAAUUGCAUUUCUAUUUUAUCAUUUUCUCAAAAUUCCCUUUCCCCUGCUGGUUUUAUCUGUGCUCUUUUACUAGUCACUCACUCACUUCAAAAUGUUUUAAUUGUUUCCUUUUUCAAAAUUCUUUUCCUUCCUGUGAAUAUGUUACAAGUUAAUAGGAAUUAUUUUCAGAGCUUCAUUUUCCAUAUAAAGAAAUCUCC